UGACGAGAGUGCAGCGGGAAAAAAACUAACAGCAAAAAGGAGGAGCCCCUUACGUUACUACAGAGGUGAACUCUAGUUCUCUGCCGAUGCAAUCAGAGAGGUGCGGGUCUUCAAUAUGAUCUGUAGAGAGCUCUGAGUCCUCUUCGCGUCCUUUUCGUAAACCGAGCGUAGAGUAGUUCUUUGUUUUUGUGCAUGGUCCUCGUCGCUUGCAGGUCCUAGGACGAAAAAUGAUGUCGACGCGGAGAAAUACGUACAGUACGCCGCGGACACCGCGAAGCACCGGCGGCGGCGGGGCGGGAGCAGCCGUUGGCCCUUCUUCGCUAGUCGACAAGGUCGACAAAAACCGACUGCUCACCGAUCGAGCCGCCUAUUUGAACUUUCUUGAAGUUCAGCUCGAACGUGUGAGCAGUAGCUGCCUCACAGUACUAUAAUCGAUUCUUGCGGACGUCCUUUUUUAAUUUCUCCUGUAUUAACCUUCCGCUUAAUUUUGGUUUUUGCCACUGCAGGAACCACCUCGUUUUUGAUGUCGGGUGAUCCAAUUAUACCAAGGUACAAGCCUUCUCGGAACGAAUCGAGCAGGUCCAGACGCAGGUGAAUGCAAUGGAAGAGAAGGUGCUGAACUGCGGCCGGCUCAUCAAGCUCAUGCAGCAAUACAACGAGGAGGUGUAGAUAAUGUUAUUCAUUGUGCGCCGUCGUUGAAAAUUUUGGUUCUUUUGAAAAAAUUGUUUGCACGCCGACGACUGCCAUCCUGCCUUGAUCACGAUGUUCUUCGUACGGCACUUUCAUUCUCUAGGUCAACCGCGUUGCGGAGAACAUCAAGGUUCGAGUGAACGAAAUGAACGAAGAUAUCGAGGGCCGCACAAACGAAAAGCUGGAGGUUUUGGGCUCGGAAGUGCAGAAGCAGUUUCUGGAGAGCGCGCAGAGUGUCGACGCCGCGCGGGACAGCGCUGACGAGGCCUGCGCCGCACUGCGGAGCGACAUGGAGCGCAGUGUAGCGGCCAUGGAAAAAGUGGCGUCGGAACACAAGAUGAUGGAAAAGCAGCUCGCGGAACAGUACGACAUGAUAAAAGCAAGCGAAAAGGUGAGUAUUUUGACAUUCUUCAUCGGCUUAUUACCUUUUUUUCGCUAAGAUAUUGGUAUUGCCGUUUGUGCAUGGAAUGAUAUAUAUAGAGCGCCACGAUUUUGCUUUGAACGCGAUGAUAAUGGAUGCAGCUAAAAACGACUGUACAGCUGUGCAAUAGACUUGCGGACGACGCAGUGGGGUCGAUAGAGGCCAAUGAUCGCAAAGCCACAGACUUUUUCCAGGAUUUUAGGGAACAUAUCGCCGCCCAGUUCAAUGACGUGCACGACCGGAUCAGCCGCCAACGAGAGGACGCCACGCAGCACGUCAUGGAAAUGGUACAAAGUACGCAACUAUCGACUACCGUGGUUUCGAUUUUAAUCGAAGUUUGUAGCGGGUUUAUGAAAGGAGCUGCCCACAACUCUCGUUGCGACUACUUUCUGUAACGUGAUCGAAACGCGCAGAUGUUUGAAUUUCUAUAGGUCGAAAAGCGGUUGAACGCGCAUUUUUCCGAGCAGUUGGGCAAAAUGAGUGAGGUUUUGAAGAAGGUCGUUACCAAUCAGCGCACGCUGCAGCAAAAAGUCGCUGCAGUCGAAGGUAAUACCGCUGGUGCCGAGUGAUCGGUGCUUAUUUCAGUGCUUUUUUUGGUGCAAGAAUGAUAGAAAUAUUUUUGCAUCUUGCUGUCGGUAGACGUUCUCGGGGCGGCCACCAAUGGGAUUUGUUCCGAACACUCAUUCUGCAGGUAGCGUCGAGGUGAUUGGGUACCAGGUGGACAAGAAGCCGGUGACGCGUGGAGUGACGUCGCGUGCGACCUCCGUAAGUCCAAAACGGCGGGCGGUGUCGCCCCAGAGCAUGCUCCGCGCGUCUCCCACAUUCGGCGCCGCGCGCUCGCCGCCGCUCGUGUCGCCGGGUGAGGUGGAUGCCGCGUUUCAAAUGCAGCCGUCGGCAUCCGUCGCAGAUUCACAAGCGGCGGACACGGCAGGCGCGGGAAACACGCUCGUUCCGUCGACGCAGAUGCCCAAACUGGAGCACGCGGCAGCGAGUCCAAACAGCUUUUCUCCCUGGCGGGACGGAAAGUUCCAGACCGGAGCGAGUUCCUCGUCCGCGCAAAACACCGGGAAUUUUUCGCCAGAAAAUAACGGGGUCUCGCGUGAGGACAUCCUGAACUUCGACAUUCCUGUAACAAUACCGGGCGUCGGAAGUCUCGCGACACGCGGAAACUACCGCGCGCGGGCCGGUUCCGGCCAGUCAGACCGCCGCUCCGUUUCCAGUCCCAGCGGUGCCGGUGCCGCGCGGAAACGCGGCACGACACUGGGCCCGCGCGGCAGUGGUGUGCGCACAGGCGGCUCCGCAUGUAUUUUCUGCUUUUGGCGAUCGUUUUGUCAUGCACAUAGACUCGAGCAUGACCAAAAUACUUAAGUUUAAGUCCGCUGGAGCAUAUUACGUUUUCGGCACAUGCCGAGAGGCGGAAAACAUGGAUGAAAAAUCAAACAGCAAAACUCUCGAACCGGAUACAACGGCGGCAGGCCAUGGAAGACCUCUAUCGGGAGUUACGGCGUCUACAGAGUGAGGACAUGAUGGACGACAGCUAGUUGACGGGCACGGCUCCCUGUGUUUGCGUCGGGUUACCGUCGACGCAGCACAACAAACAAAAUUUACGCAAAGCUCUGCUGAUCCCGCGCCUGAUACAUAGAUCUCGAUUCCUAGAAAGCGAAAAUGCCGCAUACGCAAUGACACACACGCGAUGAGAAACGGCGACACGGUGGGAAGACGUUCUACUUGCGCAAACGCGUCCAAC